AUGCGAAAGCUGGCGCAGUUGCAACCGCCGCCCCCACCACCAGACGACUCGUCCUCUAGUUCUUCAGGAUUCGGAAGUAGUCUGGGACGUAUAAUGCGGCCGACCAACGAGCUAAAGAUGCGCUGUACGGAAUUGGACGAGCACGGCAACGUCACGCUGGUCAGCGGAGAAUUUAAGAAGAGCGAACUGAUCGCAAAGUAUGGUCUUCUCCCGCGCGACCUUCGCAAAAUCGACUCCUCGCUCCUCCCACAUAUUCUAGUCCGACCAUCUGCGAUUCUCAUAAACCUCCUCAAUCUCCGCGUAUUACUGAAGCACAAUCGAGUCCUCGUAUUUGACGCAUACGGCACUACAGAUUCGAAAUCGCAGUCAGUCUUCAUGUACGAUCUCGACCUACGGCUCCGUCAAAAAGAAUCGACCCUCAACGGCACCCUUCCAUAUGAGUUUCGCGCACUAGAAGCCGUCCUGAUCAGCGUAACCUUAAGCUUGGAAAAGGAGUUCGAAGGGGUCAGCGAACCAGUUGUGAGAGUCCUCCGGGAACUUGAGGAAGACAUUGACCGAGACAAGCUCAGAUAUCUGCUGAUUUACAGCAAGAAGCUGGGCAGUUUUGAGCAAAAAGCACGAUUGGUUAGGAACGCACUGGAAGAAUUACUCGAAGCAGACGAUGAUCUCAGCGCCAUGUACUUGACUGAAAAGGCAGAGGGCAAGGUACGACAAGACGACGAUCACACCGAAGUCGAGAUGCUCCUGGAAUCGUACCAUAAGGUCGCCGAUGAAAUUGUGCAGGCAGCCGAGAACUUGGUAUCGAGCAUCAGGAACACAGAGGAAAUUGUCAAAGCCAUUCUAGACGCCAACCGCAACUCGCUUAUGCUUCUCGACCUCAAAUUCUCCAUCCUCACCCUCGCAAUCACAGCUGGUACCUUUGUCGCAGCCCUCUACGGCAUGAAUCUCAAGAACUUUAUUGAAGAAUCGGACUACGGUUUCUAUGGCAUCAGUGCUUGGUGCUCCGUGUUCGGCGCUCUCGUCGCAGUUUACGGCUUGCUUCGCCUGCGCAAAGUCCAGAGAGUGAGCAUGUACGGACAUGGCCCUGGUGCGCUCGUUACUCGGGAGCCGACGAGACCAGUAGUAGCUGCAGGAGGAGGAUGGGGUCUGGGGGCUUGGGGUGGAGGCAGCAGGAAUGGUGUCAGUAGGGGAGACAGUAUUAUGCCUACAGGAGCGGAUCUAACUGGUAUGCCAAAGCGAAUGGACACGUUUACCAGUGUCCUAGAAAGAGAGAGGGCAAUGGCACGGAAGAUGGCAAAGGGUGAUGCCAGAGGAGAUGACGCGAAGAGAUUCUGA